UCUUGCUGACCUGACUGCCCUGUCUGGGCAUUGACGCUGCUGCUGCAAGUGUUUAAAAUGGCAGAGAGAGGUGGGAAUGAAGAAGUAAUUCACCUGCACGGUUUCCCUGGCCACAGAGGGAAAGUUUGGAUUAACCACAGAGACGAAGGUCUUAUCACGAUAUCAGAUUCCUCGGAUGAAGAAUUACCUUUGCUGGAAGCGCCAGCCCAACAACAGCGUGAGGAAGAUGAUGAUGAUGUCGUCAUCUUGGCAGAGACCCCAAAGCACCAGCAGCUUCUGCGCCCUAAUGUCAUCAGACCUGCUGCUCAGUGGCAGAGUGUGAACGCUGUGGGAGAAGGAGAAUCUAAAGGUGCUGUAGGGCCCUUGAGGAACGUAUAUCUGCAAGAUGAGAUCUCAGCUCCGCUGUGCCAGAGAGAUCGGGAUAGUUGUGUGGUGGAGAACAGUGCUGGAGGAAGCAGGGAUGAGAAUAUGAACCUUGUCUUGCAGCAGCCUGGACCCUCUGAGCCUAAUGGCCCCAGAUUUGAAAUUAAGAGCAACCAGGAGCCUGGACCAAAUUCUUUUUCAGCAAAAAAAACAGAUCUGCAGCCUCCUGACAGGGGUGUCAUUAAUGUGGAGAAAGCAGACUUCCCACCACAAGCGGAGGAAAAGGUGGGAGCCGAGGGUUGGCAAGGAGAGGACCUGGAGCCAGAGGCCGUGCAGAACCUCAGAGGAGCUGCUGAAACCCCCACACAGGGGCAGGUGAUCCCAGAGGACAACCGGUUGGAUCGCCCCUGUGUCCAGCCAUCGGAAAGCGAGCCGGGGGCUGCAGCAAACAGCUGUGCCCCUGCGCAAGGGCAGCCUGGAGCGGCCCCGGCCUCUCUGCAGGCCUAUGGAGAGGAGGCUCCGGAGCCGGCGUUCCCGAGACCUGAGCCGCAGCAAGAUGGGGUUCCAGGUCCUGCUUCGCCCCAGCCGGCUCAUCCGCCAGAAGAAGCGGGAGGUCAGGAGGCAGCAAUGGACAACGAGCAGCCGGGUCCGGCCUUCCCCGGACAGGGCUCACAUGAACUUGGCUCUGGUAACGUGCCGGAACAAGGAGCUGCUGGGCAGGAACAAGACCUCACUGCACUGCUCAUCAGAGAGACCGAAGCAAGAUUCCCUGACGUGAAGAAGGAAUAUAUUGAAGAGCUAAUCAGCAUCAGGAACUGCUAUGACUUAAAUGUACUUUGCAACUUUCUCCUGGAAAAUCCCGAUUACCCAAAGGAGGAAGGCAGAGUGGUUGUAAAUCCCAGCACCAGCCUGCUUGCCAGCCAAGAUGAGACCAAGGUGCCUAAAGUGGACUACUUUGAUUUUUCCAAACUUGCUCCACUUGAUCAGCGGUGCUUCAUUCAAGCAGCUGACCUCCUUAUGGCAGACUUCAAAAUGCUGAGCAGCCAGGACAUUAAGUGGGCACUACAUGAACUCAAAGGACACUAUGCAAUCACACGGAAGGCCUUUUCUGAUGCCAUCAAGAAAUGGCAGGAGCUGUCUCCAGAAACCAGUGGGAAAAGAAAAAAGAGGAAAGAAAUGAAUCAAUUUUCAUAUAUAGAUUUCAAAUUUGAGCAAGGUGAUGUGAAAAUUGAGAAGCGGAUGUUCUUCCUGGAGAACAAGAGGCGGCACUGGAGGUCCUACGACCGGCUCUCGCUUCUCCCCCCGGUGCUUCUAGAGCAGGAAUUCUAUGAGCAGAAAGUUAAAGAGAUGGCAGAGCACGCCGACUUUCUCCUUGCUUUGCAGAUGAACGAGGAGCAGUAUCAGAAGGAUGGUCAGAUGAUAGAGUGCCGUUGCUGCUAUGGGGAGUUCGCCUUUGAAGAGCUAACGCAGUGUGCAGAUGGUCACUUGUUCUGCAAGGAGUGCCUAAUUAAAUACGCUCAGGAGGCAGUCUUUGGCUCUGGGAAGUCAGAGCUCAGCUGCAUGGAAGGGAGCUGCACGUGUUCGUUCCCCACCAGCGAGCUGGAGAAGGUGCUUCCAGAGAACAUCCUCUGUAAAUACUACGAGCGGAAAGCUGAGGAGGAGGUGGCUGCCGCCUGUGCCGAUGAGCUUGUCAGGUGUCCCUUCUGUAACUUCCCAGCUCUCCUGGAAAACGAUGUGAAGCGGUUCAGCUGUCCUAAUCCCCGCUGCAGAAAG